GCGGUUAAUGCACUGUAGCCACGCGCUGCGGCCCCCUGUAACCGCUAAUCUUUUUAGCGCCAAAGUACAACGUCAUUGCUCAGCUCAGCCAAGCAACAUCGCCAUUCACCCAGAACGCCUCGUUUCCAUCCAAUUCACCCAUCGGCAUUGCCAUCUCGACUCGUCUCAUCUCCAACCUAAUUAUUACUCAACACAUACACACACAGCUUCCCCAUGGCAUCAACUUGCUAAACUCACCGUAUAUCAUUCCCGCCACCACCGCCCCCCUUCCGCUUCUCCUUUGGCGAGCAGAAUAGGGGAAUCAUUCCUCCUUUGCCCGCGAUGUCCCUCCUCCCCGGCGAGGCUUCUCCAUCAUUUGCCCAGACCGGCGCAGACCCGAUCCUCGACGACAGCGCCUCCGAACUCUUCAACUACCUCGACGAAGAUGCCAUCGAUCUGACCUCCGAAGCCGGCCAAGGUGCCGAGGCCUACGAGAUGCAAUCACAUAUGGCGUCCUCUGCGCGAGCUGCAGCAGCAGCAUCAUCAAGCAGAAUAAAUACAAGGCGAGGCUCUAUGCGGCCCAUGAGCUCGGCCAGCACGGCUGUCAGCUUUGGCACGGGCAUCGGCGCCACCAUGGACGACGAGACGUUUACGCCGGCAGAAGACUUGGCUGUACGCAGCAAGUUUGAUAGGAAGCUCGUACUGUUUGUCGCUCUACUAUUCAUGUUGAGCUUCCUCGACCGAUCGAAUAUCGGCAACGCGCGUAUCGCUGGCAUGGAAGAGGACUUACAAACCCUUCCCCGACGAGAGGACUGGUACGAAUGGUGUCUCACGGCCUUUUACCUAACUUACAUUGCAUUUGAGUGGAUGGCGCUGCUCUUCCGCGUUGUUCCAGCACAUAUCCUCAUCUCCUGCUCCGUCUUUGCUUGGGGCAUCACUGCGUCUCUCCAGGCGGUUGCUACUUCGUAUCCCAUGCUCGUUGGCUUGCGCGCCCUGCUCGGCAUUGGAGAGGCUGCAUUCGCCGGUAUUCCCUUUUAUAUGAGCUUCUUCUUUAAGAGAGAGGAGCUAGCCUUUCGCACGGCUAUAUUUAUAUCAGCCGCCCCUUUGGCCACGACAUUUGCCUCGACACUCGCUUGGCUCAUCUUGCAGAUUGCCCACCUUACUCCCAUUGCCCCCUGGCGUCUGCUAUUCCUCAUUGAAGGCUUUCCGUCGGUCCUCGCCGCAGUGGCGGCGUGGUCUGUCCUACCCGAUUCUCCUCAGACGGCAUCCUAUCUUACAGCACGAGAGAAGCAGGUCGCCCGUCUACGUCUUGGGCACACUGCUGGGCCCCAAUCAUCCUUUUUUGCGCCCAAGAAGCCAACUUCUGGCUUCCGCUUGAUGGAUCUUGCGCCGCUCUUUGUCGAUCCCGUGCCUUGGCUCACGGCAGCCAUGUUCUUCCUCACCAACAUGGCCUACUCCUCCCUCCCCGUCUUUCUGCCCAAAAUUCUUGUUGAAAUGGGCAACAGUCCCAUUACAUCACAGGCUCUUUCGGCCCCUCCCUAUCUUAUAUCCUUUAUAAUCGUCUUAUUCACCGCCCACAUGUCGGAUCGUUGGCGCGUCCGCACCGUGCCACUUGUCUUCCACGCCUUAUCGUCGGCUGCUGGCUACGCUAUUUUAGCUCUCGCCGAGCCCUUUAAGCUGCCUGCCAUCCUACGAUACAUUGCUAUAUAUCCUGCCGCCAUUGGCUUCUUCAACGUCGUCACCCUCACCAUUGCGUGGAACAUCAACAACCAGCGCUCUGAAACCCGACAGGGCGGUGCUUUUGCCAUUAUGCAGCUUAUAGGCCAGUGUGGUCCUUUGGUCGGCACCCGUCUAUAUCCGGAUCGCGAUGCGCCCUAUUAUACUCACGGCAUGCAGACUUGCGCCGUUGCCAUGCUCGCUGUCGCAAUCAUAGCCUCCGUGCUCCGGUUUUAUAUGAAACGCCAAAACGACAAGAUGGAUGCCGCGCAGGGUUCAAACUCACCCGUAGGCGAGGAAGAGCAGGGCCUGGUUGGCUCCUGGAAAUACACAAGAGACGGUACUUCGCCGUUUCGGUAUAUGCUUUAAUUUCACUGACGCACAUUAUCAUAAUCCCAUUUACACCCGGCGUUCUAGUACAUGGCACUUUUUAUAAUACAUAAUAGCAUUGCGUAUGCAUAGUUAAUGACUAAUGAACUUCGGUCGUUCUGCCUUUUUUGUCGUCUACAACAGUAGCCGUACUGAUCACCACUACUCUCUUCCUUGAGUAAAGACCAUCCAGGACGGAGCCUGGUAUUUGC